GGAGCUGGGCGCAGGAGUCCGAGCGGCAGGAGUGGUUCGACAUGAUGCACGAGAUGGCGGAGAAUCAGCACAUCGUGCGAUCCCUGGCCGUCUUUUACCCGUUCGUGACGCUGACAGCACUGUUCAAGCCGUUCUCUGGUCAGCCCAGACUGGCGCUCAUGGUGAACACGCUGACCAGAUCGGCCAGCGACCUCGCGCACUUCCUGGUGGUCUUUCUCACGAUCUGCUUCAUCUACAUCGUUGCCGCGAUGCUGCUCUUCGGCCAGGAGAUUAAUUCUUUCUCAAGCUUCUGGAGGGCCACCAUCGCUGUGUUCCAGUGUCUGGUCGGCGAUGUCGAUUGGGAGGAGAUGAUCAAAGUUGGAAGGGCCGAGGCCGUCGUCUGGUACAUCUCGUUCCAGG